AUGGCACGAAAAGGAAAUCCGAUUUCGGUAAGACUUGAUCUGAAUCGUAGUUCAGAUUCAAGUUGGUUCAGUGAUUAUUAUUAUGGUAAAUCAGUGUAUCAAGAUGUCAAUCUGAGAUCUUAUUUCGGUUCGAUACGUCCACCUACGAGACUCACCUUUGGCUUUCGUCUCGGUAGGUGUAUUAUUCUACAUUUUCCCAAAAGAACAUUCAUUCAUUUCUUUCUUCCUCGUCGACCACGAGGACUGAAACGACGCGAAAAAUCCAGACCCGGAAAGGAGAAGGGCCGGUGGUGGGCAUUUGGGAAAGUCGGGCCGAUCGGGUGUCUUCAUUCAAGCGACGGUACAGAAGAAGAACGAAACGAAGUGAGAGGCCGGGGGGCAGGGAAAAGAGUCGAGUCGAUCAGGCUCGACGACCGGGAGAAGCAAAACGAAAGAAGGAUUUGGCCGAAAAAGAAGCAACGCUAUGGAUACCAUGACCAAUCACCAUCGAUAAAGAAGAAUCUUUCUAAAUUACUUCGGGUCAGCGGGGCCUUCAAGCAUCUGAAAUACGCCGGGGUUGUAAAUGACAUAGCGUUCCUGAUAGAAAAUGACGACUCCUUCAGAAAAACGAAGUUAUUCAAGUUCUUUUUCCCAAAGAAGUCCCGCUCCGACGGCCCGACGAGUCAUAUACUUAAAAGGACCCUCCCUGCAGUGCGCCCCUCCUUGAAUUAUUCGGUCAUGCAAUACUUAUUGAAUACAAAGAACCAAAUUCAUUUCGACUCCGUCGUAGUUCUCAAUCAUUUCGUGGCACCGGGCGUGGCUGAACCAUCUACGAUGGGGGGAGCGAAUGCACAGGGAAGAAGCUUAGAUAAGAGAAUACGUUCUCGCAUCGCUUUUUUUGUAGAAAGCUCGACCAGCGAGAAAAAGUGUUUGGCCGAAGCCAAAAAGAGGUUGACCCACUUCAUUCGCCAAGCGAAUGAUCUUCGCUUCGCGGGAACAACAAAAACCACCAUCUCGCUCUUUCCUUUCUUCGGUGCUACCUUUUUCUUUCCAAGGGAUGGGGUUGGGGUGUAUAAUAACCUUUUUUUUGAGGAUGCCCGGGAACAACUCCUAGGUCAAUUAAGGAUCAAAUGUUGGAACCUCAUGGGUAAGGAUAAGGUAAUGGAAUUGAUAGAUAAAUUCAUAGACCUAGGUGGGAUAGGAGAAUUGAUAAAGGGAAUAGAGAUGAUGAUAGAGAUCAUACUGAGAAACAGAAGAAUUCCGUACGGGUACAACUCUUAUUUGAACGAAGUGAAAAAAAUGCGAUCUUUGUUGUCUAAUAGAACAAACACUAAUACCUUAAUUGAGUCGGUCAAGAUAAAAUCUGUUUAUCAAAGUGCUUCUCCGAUUGCUCAAGACAUCUCUUUUCAACCGAGGAACAAAACAAGAUCAUUUCGUUCCAUUUUUAGUAAAAUAGUGAAGGAUAUUCCAUUAGUAAUGAAAAAGGGGGUUGAGGGGAUCCGUAUAUGUUGUUCAGGUCGAUCAGAAGGUGCAGAAAUAGCUAGAACUGAAUGCGGAAAGUAUGGAAAAACAUCUCGUAAUGUAUUUAACCAGAAAAUCGAUUAUGCUCCUGCGGAAGUAUCUACUCGUUACGGAAUCUCAGGUGUCAAAGUGUGGAUUUCAUAUAGUAAAAAAAAAAAGGGACGUGCUAUAUCCGAAACGUACGAAAUAUAG